AUGGCGGAACCCAGAGCACGUGCUGCAAGGCACAAGGGCCAGAUGAACUUUGCAUCUGAGCUGCGCCUUCUUCUUCUUGCAUACGGAGAUCCUAGUCCUCAUCCGUCUUUCCCAUCCGAACCACUUCCCGAGACCGUUCGCGUUCUCGAUGAAAUUGUGACCGACUUUGUCCUUGAGAUGUGUCACAACGCUGCGCAGUAUGCUAGUUAUUCCCGCCGACAGAAGAUCAAAGUCGACGACUUUCGGUUUGCCCUGAGACGCGACCCGAAUAAGCUCGGUCGUGUUCAGGAAUUGUUGCGGAUGGAGCGCGAGCUGAAAGAAGCUCGUAAGGCGUUCGAUCAGAAUGAUGAUCAAGUUGGAAACCUCAAGGACGCGGGCAAGAAGGGACUUGAUGAGCUAGGCGAGGGUGCAGAAGCUCCUGGAGGAAAGAAGACUAAGAGCAAAGGAAAGAGGAAUGCUAGAAGAGACUCUGACGCCAUGGAGGAUACUGUCUCAAAGAAAAGGAAGAUCUAG